AGCGAGAGGGAGGGGAAAGGCGGGAGAGAGAGAGUGAUGAGUGAGCGAUAGAGGGGAGACACCGGGAUAGAGAGAAUGGGAGAGUGAAGGGGGGUAGACAGAGAGAACAAGCCGGCGUAGAGUAGUGUGCUGCGAGGCAAAUCUAACCACGUUGUUCUGUUGUUUUCCCCACCUGGGCUCCCCAGCUCCCUCCACGAUCCGAUGAUUACAGGGCAGCUGAGCAAGCCGCUGCUCUCCCUGCGCAGCGAGAUGAGCGUGGCGGAACUCCGGGCCGAGGACAAAGCGGCCACCCCAGAUAGCGAGCUCAACGACGAGUCCCUGCUCCUGUCCUCCGAGGCCAGGGACAGAGAGGGCAUUCCCAACAAGCUCUAUGGAGCCCGUGAUGGCUCUGUCCAGUCUGAUACCAGCAGCAGCCCGUCAGAACAGAGUCAGCUGGGACAGUGUCACCCAGCCUACCCGGUGGGUCCACAGUCUCUGCUGGUGGCUCAGCAACUAGCCCAGCAGCUGGCCGGGGGGUCUCCAGGCCUGAACCAGCCCAUCCUCAUCCCCUUCAAUACAGGAGGCCACCUGGGAGGCCAGCAGGGGCUGGUGCUCUCGCUGCCCACGGCCAACAUCCAGGGCCUGAUGGCUGCAGCAGCCGCACAGGGCAUCAUGACCCUUCCCCUACAGAACCUGCAAGCUACCUCAUCCCUGAACUCCCAGCUUCAGCACCUGCAGCAGCUUCAACAGAUACAACAGCACCACCAGCAGCAACAACAGCACCAUCACCAACAACAGCAACACCAUCAGCAGCAUCAACACUCCCACAGCCACGUCCACAACCAGCUGUCGUCGCGGGGUCACAUGACCUCGCCCAGCCUACAGCCGUCCUCCGUCUCGGUCCCCUCCCCUGGCUCCGCCUCCUCCACCACCUCCAUGACCGGCUCGGGCCAACCCCCGCUGUCUCCGCCGCUCAGGCAGAACCAAUCACCGGCCCGAAGCCUGCCCUCGCCCGUCACACCGCCCAUGCCACUGCAGUUGAACCCUCUGGCCAGCCAGGCUGCGGUGGCGGCAGCAGCAGCAGCUAUGGGCUCUAUGGCCGGAUCCCAGGUCUUUGGCAACACCCUCUCCAACCUGCAAGCUGGAGUCACGGGGCAACUGGUCACUAAUGCACAAGGACAGAUAAUUGGAACGAUCCCACUUAUGCCCAACUCUGGGGGGCCCUCGAGCCAAUCAGGGGGCGUAAACCCAGCGCUGCAGGUCCAGCCAAUUACACCCCAGCUUCUGACCAACGCCCAGGGCCAGAUCAUCGCCACGGUGAUCGGCAAUCAAAUCCUGCCUGUCAUCAACACCCAGGGAAUCACACUGUCACCAAUCAAGCCUGGACAGCAGCUGCCUCAGGCUCAGCAUGUUCAGACAGGCCCAUUGUCGUCUCAGCCCAACCUGCUCCACAUGCCCCACAGCCAGAGUCCUCUCCGCCAGGCCUCUUCCUCCUCCUCGUCCUCAUCUUCCUCCUCUGCCCUCAGCGUGGGUCAGCUGGUCAGCAACCCCCAGACGGCCGCCAGCGAAGUGGAUGGGGUCAACCUGGAGGAGAUUCGGGAGUUCGCCAAAGCGUUCAAAAUCCGCCGCUUGUCCCUGGGGCUGACCCAGACGCAGGUGGGUCAGGCCCUCAGCGCGGCCGAGGGCCCGGCCUAUAGUCAGUCUGCCAUCUGCAGACACACCAUCCUGAGAAGCCACUUUUUCCUACCACAGGAAGCCCAAGAAAACCCUAUAGGUAGCAGUCUGACAGGCAAACUGAACCCUGGCCUUUUAUAUCCUGCCAGGUUUGAGAAGUUGGACAUCACCCCAAAAAGCGCCCAGAAGAUUAAGCCGGUUCUGGAACGCUGGAUGGCCGAGGCCGAGGCCCGCCACCGGUCCGGCAUGCAGAACCUGACCGAGUUUAUCGGCAGUGAGCCCUCCAAAAAACGCAAGCGGAGGACCUCUUUCACCCCACAAGCGCUGGAGAUCCUCAACAGCCACUUUGAGAAGAACACGCACCCCUCUGGACAGGAAAUGACUGAGAUAGCCGAGAAACUGAACUAUGACCGCGAGGUGGUCCGCGUCUGGUUCUGCAACAAGAGGCAAGCGUUGAAAAACACAAUAAAGCGGUUGAAACAGCCCGGUGACCUGGACCUGGACCUCGGCCCGACCGCGCCCAUGGACCCUCUCUCUGAUUCUCUGGAAGAGCUCCCUAAAUGAACGACCGAAACUAGAGGUAAAGAGGAAGGUUCGAACAACACGGUGGCUCAUGACCCAAAGUAGGAUGAAGACUGAAAGAACAUUCCUCUCCCUUUAUAAAGGCAACUGAAAGGAUAGUUAUGAACAUUUGCAAACAAAAAUAAGUGUUGUCAGUGUGAUUACCACAGUUAUUUAAAUAUUUUGGCAAAAACCAAAUAUAAGGGAAAAAAUAUGUUCACAUUUGAGAGAAAACAUUACAAACCUACAGUGUGCUGUUUCAAAGCAAUCGAAUUCUGGCCUCAUAGACCAGAACAUUGUCCAAAUUUGGGUUCCCAUUAGGGAGAUUUUAGUAAAGAGAUCAUACCAAAAUCAAAGACAAAAACACUAACUACUUACCAAAGUCUGUUGCAUCAGAAUAUUAAGAAUAAUUUUUUAAGUGUAAAUGUGUUCUAAAUUUUUACAUUUGUACUGGCAAAAAAAUCUACGAUAUAUGUGUGAGGUUGGGUGUACAUUUUAUCUUUGUUUCACUUAAUUUUAUUUCCUGGGCUGAUAUGUAAAUAUCUACUAAAUACUGUCUUCAGAUUGAAAUCACAAUGUCAAAGUUCUCUUUGAAAGAUUUGUCGUGUAAAUGCAUUUUUGCUGUGAAACAAUGACAUUGUUGUUUUGUCUCAGAUUCCUUCUCAUCUGCAGCUAUUUUAAGUCACGGUGUUUUUACAGGUAACAACUUUUACAGGUAUUUAUCACUGAUUUUAUGAGAUUGUCUUAUGUUUUGUUGAUGAAGGACAAUAAAACUUAAGGCUGUCCAAACAGUGUGGGUAUACUCAGUACCUUAACCAUAAAGGUUCUGUCUCUGUUCACCAAAAUAUAUAUGUCAUCCACGACGGAAGACGACGUCUUUUCAACCUUAUUUUCCUUUUGUGACAACUGUGACUCUUUUUUUUUUUUUUUUAUACAUACAGAAACAUGCCGUCAAUUCUGUUAUUUCAGGCCUAGUGUUGUGUCAGGGAGAACUUCCCUCAAUGUUAUACUGUGUCAAGUGCUGUUGUAAGUCAUUCUGUUGCCAAAGCCUGAUAGCCAAAGAACACAUUGCUUCAGCUCAAGGACUUGGGGAGAUUUUUUUUUACCUUGGCCCGAUUAAAAGUUUGAGUUAUUUUGAUGUACUUAUACGUGUUCUCUUUUGUUCUUUUUUUCCCUGCGGGGUUUCUUUCAUACACUGAGUUCAACUACUUUACACAAAGGCCAACGGAAUGCCAAAUAAAAUGUUUACUUUCAAAAGAGAACUCUUUGUUAAUUGACAACCCUCUUUGUAUUGCAAUAUAGAAAAUGUGUUGGACUGUGAGGACUUUUCUGCCCAUCCCUUUCUGAAGUGUGUGUCUAGUUUGUUCUAUUUGCCGUAGCAUAGCGUAACAGAAUUGCUCCCGCAUGUUUUCCGAUAACAAGGUUUGGGGUUACAGGAAUCUGAAAACAAGACGACAAAAACCACAAAAGGUAGCCCGAGCUUCAAAUCAUUAAGUACAUUCUUCAGAGUACACUGUCACGGAGAACAAAUUACACAUGUAGAGGAUUUAGCAAUUAUCUCACAUUUUUCUGCCCUUAGAGCAAAAUAUGGAUUACUUUCUUUAAGCAUUCAGCGACUCAUUCUAAUCGAAUCAAUCGGAAGGUUUUCUCAUCUCUGAAUCGUUGUCUUCAGGGGUCACACACUGUUUGCAAAAUGUCAUGCUGUUGUUUUGCGUUUGUUUUCAUUGUCUUUUGCUUUGAGUGGUUCUACAGCGAAGCCUUGACAGACAGUAUAGCCUAAUUAAAAAAGUGUAUUGGAAAAAGUUGUGUGAAACGCAAGACAACCCAAUAGCCCGUCCGCAAGACAUAAUCCAUAUUCAUUUCAACUAACAAAUCAUAGGGUGUUGUUGCUGUGUAGCUGUUAAUAUACAGAUGUAAACAGAAUCUCAUCAUAACGUCGCGCUCACCCCCCCCAUAGGUGCACUUCAAUAUUACCAGGACCCACAUGGAGGAUUCAAGGAAUCAAUAUUGCUACACCGUUGAUGUGUCAAUAAGCUAUACUGCCAAUGUGUUGAACCUCUCCACUGAAUAUUUGCAAACUAGUACAUAUGUGUAAAACCACUUCUCAGAACUCUUAAGAUUUCACAUUGAUGUGAAAUGUUCUUAUUUGACUCGUAUAAAACACUUAAAUAAGGUGAGGGGAGAAUGGCGAGUGUUACAUGACAGGCUCAGUGAACUUAGAUUUUCUGCGGUGUUUUCGUAUUGGUGUGUUUUGUUCAAUGUCUGUUAGUCCCCCUGUGCACUGGUGUUGCCUAGCAACGCAAAGUGCACUUGAUAAUACUUACAAACGCAUAAGGAAAUAGACAUUCAUUGAUAUUGUAGUCUGGACUGUAUGUUCCAGUAGGCUGAGGUUUAAGAGGUACUAUACAUACAAGCUCCCUGACGAGUUCAUUCCAUUUAUUAGUUAUCAUAUACCUUUACAGGAAGUAGUGUUAAACAGUGUCAUACUACACCUUUUUAGAUAUUUAAAGGCAGUAUUACUAAAUAGUGGUCAAUCAUAAUAUACUUUAAGUCAUAUGUGAUUUAAAUCAAUCCAAAGAUUUUUUUGUGUGUUCCCUCCCUGUCUCACCCCACCUCAUUCCAACAUGUAAGAGAAGUGAUGAUGCUGCGGCUGAUGUACAGUAUGGGCAUGUAGUACUGAGGCUCAACAAUGAAGCUGUAACCAAAAACAAAGACAAGGAACGGAUUUAUACCUUCGCUCAAACGUUCGAUGCUGGACCAAAGCUCUAUAGUUAUAUGCACAUUGUACAGAGAAAUGGGUUCAUGUCGCUGACAAUCUUGAAAUACGAAGAGAGUCGAUGAUUAGAUAAGUUGUAGUUCAUUGACAUUUUACCUCAGCACUGUCCUCGUACACUGAGCAAUGCCACGCAAACGCCAUGACAGAAGAAAAUACAGAAGAAUGGCUCCUGUAAUAUGUUUGUAAGUAGUGUUCACUUCUCAUGGGGGGGGGGGGGUUGUGUCUGAACUGAGGUUCUGUAUGCCAUGUGUUUUAUUUUAGUCAAGUGGUUUCCAGGGUAACAUGUACAGGACUUUCUAAACUUUGUUGUCACUUGUUUUUUUUUUCUCUCUCUGUGACUUUGUUACAUGCACUGCUCAGUUACAGUCUUCAAGGUGUGCCCUAUUUCAUAAGGGGCAAAGAAGGCUUUAUAAUUGCACCCAAUUAUGUUUAAAAAAAAUAAAUAAUAAUAAUAAUUUAAAUAAAUGUUUUCAAACGAUAUCCACACAGACUCACACACCAACUGGUUUUGAAAUGUUGUUAGAACUCAAGAACGACCUUGAAACCAAAGCUGAUGAAUCUGCAAAGGUUGCUUUAAAUUUUAUAGACUGAACUUAAUCUAUAGAGCAAUAUCUGUUUGGUCAGUUAUGCAGCACUUUGUGUAUUUCUACAAUUCUUCAAGUCUGUCACAUUUAU